AUGGCCUCACAGCUGCACGAGAGAUGCCCAGAGAUGCUGCCGGAAGGAAUCCCGAGAAAGACCUUCACAAUGAGGGUCAGUCUUUUUCGGAUGAACUGGACCAAUAGCAUCCACGAGUAUGACUAUGAUCUUCCUGUUCCACAGGCCUCCGCCGAUUAUGAGCGGAAUCUGCUUCAGAGGAGAUGGGCCGACAUGAAGAAGCAUUUGGUGAUUUGGCUGCCUGGCCGAAUCUUUUCUCCCACCAAGGUGAAGAACUUUCCGCGGAAGGUAUGCGACGAGAACGGCAAGCUCGUGCAAAUGGAUGUUUGCCAUGUGGCCGAAAUCAGUGCCCAGAAGAUCCAAGAUGGGCAAACGGGCCCGGCUUCUGCGGUAGGGCAGUACAUUGCUGACCAGCUAGCGGGGCAACGCCGAAUACAGAGGGUUGGUAAAUGCUUUUACAAGAACGACGCCAACAGGUCAAGGGACGCCACAAUGCAAUCAGCGCAUUUUGCGUGA